GCGCGGGCCACAGCACAGGGGCUCGGCGGCUGGACCGCGGGGCCGUCCUCACGAUGCCGGUCACCGGGAAGAUCUUCCGCCGCCGGCGGGCCGACUCGGAGUCGGAAGAAGAUGAGCAGGAUUCAGAGGAGGUUCGGUUGAAGCUGGAGGAGACCCGAGAAGUGCAGAACUUGAGGAAGAGGCCCAAUGGGGUGAGUGCUGCUGCCCUGCUGGUGGGAGAGAAGGUACAAGAAGAGACUACUCUGGUGGACGAUCCCUUCCAGAUGAAGACCGGUGGCAUGGUGGACAUGAAGAAACUGAAGGAAAGGGGCAAAGAUAA